AAGCCAAAAUCCUCACCUUCCAUCCAUUAAUGCAAAUAAAACCACACACAACAACACCUCUCUUCAAAAACACCCCAAAGCCAAAACCAAAAACACCACUCUCUCUCUCUCUCUCUCCCAUGGCUACCACAGACCCGGCAGAGAAGCUGAAAUUAGAAACAAGCUUCGACUAUGAGAAGAACGAAGAGAAAAAAGAAGAAGAAGAAGAAGUGUCGCCGGUUGAAGAAGUGCGACUAACGGUUUCGAACAGUGACGAUCCAAGCCAACCAGUGUGGACCUUCAGAAUGUGGUUCUUAGGUCUAAUCUCAUGCGCGCUAUUAUCUUUCCUCAACCAGUUCUUCGCUUACCGUACGGAGCCACUCAUCAUAACUCAGAUCACCGUUCAGGUCGCCACACUUCCCAUCGGUCACUUCAUGGCGGCGGUGCUGCCAACUACAAAGUUUCGCCUCGGAUCCAAAACGAUGUCGUUUAAUCCGGGCCCCUUUAACAUGAAGGAGCACGUGCUUAUAACCAUAUUCGCGAAUGCGGGUAGCGCUUUCGGGUCCGGGUCGCCCUAUGCGGUGGGUAUUGUGAACAUAAUUAAGGCCUUUUAUGGACGCAGCAUCUCUUUCUUUGCUUCCUGGCUUCUCAUCAUUACUACUCAGAGCUUUGCAUGAGAAAGACAACAGCCAUGGAAUUUCACGGGCAAAGUUCUUCUUCAUUGCACUAGUGUGCAGUUUUUCAUGGUACGUGGUACCUGGAUUCUUCUUCACAACGCUAACAAACAUCUCAUGGGUCUGUUGGGUGUUCUCCAAAUCAGUAACAGCUCAACAACUAGGCUCAGGCAUGAGAGGCUUAGGCCUUGGAGCCAUCACACUUGAUUGGAGCGCCGUGGCAUCGUUCUUGUUCAGCCCUCUCAUCUCGCCCUUUUUCGCCAUUGUCAAUGUCUUUGUUGGCUAUGCAAUGAUAGUAUAUGUGGUUAUUCCUAUUGCAUAUUGGGGUUUGAAUGUGUAUAAUGCAAAUAGAUUCCCUAUUUUUUCAUCACAUUUGUUCACAUCUCAAGGUCAACCUUAUAACAUAUCUGCUAUUGUUAAUGACAAGUUUGAGUUGGAUAUUGCCAAGUAUCAAGAGCAAGGAAGAAUCAAUCUUAGUGUCUUUUUUGCUCUCACUUAUGGUUUUGGAUUUGCUACCAUUGCAUCUACCAUCACACACGUUGCUUGCUUCUAUGGAAGGGAGAUUAUGGAACGUUAUCGUGCUUCAUUCAAAGGCAAAGAAGAUAUCCACACAAAACUGAUGAAGACAUACAAAGACAUACCAUCUUGGUGGUUUCAUUUGUUACUAGGUGUUGCUUUAAUGGUUUCUCUAGCACUAUGCAUCUUUUUAAAAAACCAAGUUCAAAUGCCAUGGUGGGGACUUCUCUUUGCCGCGGUCUUAGCCUUUGGAUUUACCCUUCCAAUUAGCAUCAUUACUGCCACCACAAACCAGACACCAGGGUUGAAUAUCAUCACCGAGUAUGUCUUUGGUCUCAUAUACCCUGGAAGACCAAUUGCAAAUGUUUGCUUCAAAACUUAUGGCUACAUCAGCAUGUCUCAAGCCGUCUCGUUUCUCAGUGAUUUCAAGCUUGGACACUACAUGAAAAUCCCCCCAAGAUCAAUGUUCUUGGUGCAGUUCAUAGGUACAAUGCUUGCUGGAACUAUCAACAUAGGGGUAGCAUGGUGGUUGCUAAACUCUAUAAAAAACAUAUGCCAUGAUGAUCUCCUUCCAGAAGGGAGUCCCUGGACAUGCCCCGGUGACCGUGUAUUCUUUGAUGCAUCAGUAAUCUGGGGAUUGGUAGGACCAAAGAGAAUCUUUGGCUCCAAAGGAAACUACAGUGCAAUGAAUUGGUUCUUCCUUGGUGGUGCAAUAGGGCCAGUUAUUGUUUGGCUAUUGCACAAGGCAUUCCCUAAACAAUCAUGGAUACCCUUCAUCAACCUCCCAGUUCUCCUUGGAGCAACCGGGAUGAUGCCACCCGCGACACCAUUGAACUACAAUGCCUGGAUUUUCUUUGGAACCAUUUUCAACUUCUUUGUGUUCCGAUACAGGAAGGGUUGGUGGCAGAGAUAUAACUACGUCCUAUCGGCCGCCCUUGAUGCCGGGGUGGCGUUUAUGACUGUGCUGCUGUUCUUUUCUCUGGGAUUGGAGAACAAGAGUAUUAGUUGGUGGGGAAAUGAUGGUGAACAUUGUCCAUUAGCAUCUUGUCCAACAGCCAAAGGCAUUGUGGUUGAUGGUUGCCCAACACACUAAGUAAUUGGUUCUUAUUAUCACUGUAAUAAUGUGACCCUUAAUUGUUUCUAUUCACAGCAACAAUAGCACUCAAAUUAUGUAAUGAAACUUGCAAAUUAAGUCAAUGUAAUAUAUAGUAAGCUGAACAGAAUCUAUUGUGCAAAGGAAAUAUAGUUGGUGUUAUAUAUUGUUUGCUAGUCUCAAUGUUAAAAUGACUCUCAAUUUGUUCA